AUGCAAAUAUGCAAGGUUCUCAUGUUAAUGCUUCACACUUUCUUCUUCUGUUUUAUUAUUCCCACUUUAUCUAUACAAUAUGAAACUUUUACUACUAUUACACCAAAUGAUUCUAUCCAAGGUAAUGAGACUUUGGUAUCUUCAUCUGGAACUUUUGAAGCUGGAUUCUUCAACUUUGCAAAUUCGCAACUCCAAUACUUUGGUAUAUGGUACAAAACCAUAUCGCCUAGAACCUAUGUUUGGGUUGCCAAUAGAGAUUCUCCGAUACAAAACUCAACACUAAUUCCGAAACUAACAUAUCAAGGAACUCUUAUUAUUGUUGAUGAUUCUGGAAGGAUCGUAUGGUCCUCCAAUGCAUCAACAAUCGCGGAGAAACCAGUCUUGAAACCGGUCUUGUCGCUUUUAGAUUCAGGAAACCUUGUUGUGAAAGAUGGAGAGAAGAUUUUGUGGGAGAGUUUUGAUUACCCUGGUGACACUUUUCUUGCAGGAAUGAAACUUAAGACUAGUUUGCUAAAUGGUCCUGACAGGUCUCUAACAUCUUGGAAAAGCGUUGAAGAUCCUUCUCUUGGUGAGUUUUCUUAUCACAUAGAUGUUCAUGGAUUUCCUCAACUAGUUACUACAAAGGGAAAAGUUUUAUUUAGUAGAGGUGGAUCAUGGAACGGUUAUGCUUUCGGCGGAGUUUCAUGGCUAAGGAAUCUUAAACUAUUCAAAUUUUCUUUAGUGUUCAAUGAUAAAGAAGUUUCUUAUGAGUAUGAAACUUUGAAAAAUGAAACUAUUACUAGAUUAUGGCUUAAUCCGUCAGGUUUUGCUCAAAGACUGGUAUGGUCAGAUAGAGAAGGAGAUUGGGAGAUUAUAUCGACUCGUCCAAUGGAUCAGUGUGAAUAUUAUUCAAGCUGUGAUGCUAAUUCUAUUUGCAAUAUUACAAACUCUCCAAGAACAUGUCAAUGCUUGGAAGGCUUUGUACCAAAGUAUUACGAAAAGUGGAAUUCCUUGGAUUGGUCUGGUGGAUGUGUUCGAAGAGUAAGGUUAAACUGUAUCGGAGAUUGGUUUUUGAAGCAUUCAGGAGUUGAGUUACCAGAUACAUCUUCUUCUUGGUUUAAUAAGAGUUUGAGUCUCGAGGAAUGUGAAAAAAUGUGUUUGCAAAAUUGUUCUUGUUCAGCAUAUGCAAAUCUAGAUGUUAAAAGUAAUAGUGGAUGUUUGCUUUGGUUUGGUAAGAUAAGGGACUUGACAAAACAUAUUGAUCAAGGACAAGAUAUUUUCGUAAGACUUGCAGCUUCUGAGUUAGAUCAUAGAAGAAAUGAGUGGAGCUUUAGCAACAAGAAACUUGCAGGGGCGCUCGGAGGAAUCACUUUAUUCAUCAUGAUUCUCGGAUUGGUCACAUUUACAUAUAUAAAGAGGAAGAAGCUUGCAAAGCCAGGGAUGCUAAAAAUAUUUCAUAGGAAGUGCGAAAGAGAGAAGGAAGAUGUGCAAUUAUCAACUUUAUUUGGUUUUUCAACCAUAUCUAAAGCUACAAAUCACUUUUCAGACGGUAACAAGAUAGGACAAGGUGGUUUUGGACCGGUAUACAAGGGCAUAUUAGAAGACGGGUUGGAGAUUGCAGUGAAGAGGCUAUCGGAAAAUUCUGAACAAGGAGAAGAACAGUUCAAAAACGAAGUUAUGUUGAUGGCGAAGCUUCAGCACCGUAAUCUUGUAAAACUUCUUGGAUGCUCGAUUCAUCAAGAGGAAAAGCUUUUGGUCUAUGAAUUGAUGCCCAACAGAAGCUUGGAUUAUUUCAUUUUUGAUUCAACACGAAAGGAAAAAUUAGAUCUGGCAAAACGAUUCCAAAUUAUUGAUGGGAUUGCUCGAGGACUACUUUAUCUUCAUCAAGACUCUCGAUUAAGAAUCAUCCAUAGAGAUCUGAAAACAAGUAAUAUUCUUCUUGAUUAUGAUAUGAAUCCAAGAAUAUCAGAUUUUGGUCUAGCUAGAACAUUUAGAGGAGAUCAAGAUGAGUCCAAAACAAAUAGAUUGAUGGGAACGUAUGGUUAUAUGCCACCUGAAUAUGCUAUUCAUGGAUCGUUUUCAAUCAAAUCAGAUGUAUUUAGCUUUGGUGUAAUUGUUCUGGAGAUAAUUAGUGGGAGAAAGAACCGAAACUUCUAUGACCAUCAUCAUAAUCUUAAUCUUCUUGGUCAUGCAUGGAGACUAUGGAAUGAAGAAAAGGCACAAGAGUUAAUAGAUGGCUUAUUCCAUGGUACAACAAUUCCAUGUGAAAUAUUGAGAUGUGUUCAUGUUGGUCUGCUAUGUGUGCAACAAAUACCAGAACAUAGACCAAACAUGUCAUCUGUAGUCUUAAUGUUGAAUGGUGAAAAGCUGUUGCCUCAACCUAGCGAACCCGGGUUUUAUUCCAGGUCAGUUCAUCAUCCGAUUCAGGUAGAAUCUUCUUCAAGAAGUUGCGAAGAUUGUUCACAAAAUGAAGCUUCUGUGUCAUUGUUAGAGGGGCGAUAG